GCACGUCUCCUCAUCCACUCCGCCGCUAGACUCACAGCUGGCGAGACUGCCCGACAGAGUCGCACCGGUGGCCGCGGACACUGCGGGAAAAGCAGUCGGGAUGGAUUACUAGCGGUCGGUGUCUGCUUCUUUCCGCGUGUGACAUCGUCCUCAAUGUCUCUCAACAUUUUUUAACAAAACGAAAGAUGAAAAUUACUUGGAAACAGCUUCCCUUGGUAUUUUCCGUUUUUUGGGGGAUAACUAUGGGCGCCUUUCCGAGCAGCGUUCAGAUCGGCGGGCUUUUCAUCAGAAACACGGACCAGGAAUACACCGCAUUUCGCCUAGCCAUAUUCCUGCACAACACCAGCCCAAAUGCGUCGGAAGCACCUUUUAACCUGGUUCCUCAUGUGGACAACAUCGAGACUGCCAACAGCUUCGCCGUGACCAAUGCCUUCUGCUCGCAGUACUCCCGGGGUGUCUUCGCCAUCUUCGGCCUGUAUGAUAAGCGCUCCGUGCACACGCUCACCUCUUUCUGCAGUGCCCUGCACAUCUCACUGAUCACACCCAGCUUCCCCACCGAGGGCGAGAGCCAGUUUGCUCUACAGUUACGGCCGUCCAUCCGGGGGGCGCUGCUGAGCCUGCUAGACCACUAUGACUGGAACCGCUUCGUCUUCCUCUACGACACUGACAGAGGAUAUGCCAUUUUGCAGGCAAUUAUGGAGAAGGCGGGGCAGAACAACUGGCAGGUUAGCGCAAUCUGCGUAGAGAGCUUCAACGAUGCCAGCUACCGGCGCCUCCUCGAAGACCUCGACCGCCGCCAGGAGAAGAAGUUCGUUAUUGACCUUGAGCCCGAGAGACUGCAGAACCUUUUAGAACAGAUUGUCAGUGUUGGAAAGCAUGUGAAAGGCUACCAUUACAUCAUGGCGAACCUGGGCUUCAAGGACAUCUCCUUGGAGCGAUUUAUGCAUGGUGGGGCCAAUGUAACAGGUUUCCAGCUGGUUGACUUCAGUACACCCAUGGUGCUUAAGCUUAUGCAGCGCUGGAACAAGCUGGACCAGAGAGAAUACCCUGGAUCCGACAGUCCGCCAAAGUACACGUCAGCACUGGCCUAUGAUGGCGUAAUGGUGAUGGCGGAGGCUUUUCGGAGCCUGCGGCGGCAGAAGGUGGAUCUUUCGCGCAGGGGCAAUGCGGGUGACUGCUUGGCCAACCCGGCAGCACCGUGGAAUCAGGGAUUAGACAUGGAGCGCACCCUGAAGCAGGUUCGACUCCAAGGACUGACAGGAAAUGUCCAAUUUGACCAUUACGGACGAAGGAUCAACUACACAAUGGACGUGUUUGAGCUGAAAAGCAAUGGCCCCAGAAGGAUCGGCUACUGGAAUGAUGCUGACAAGCUGGUUCUGAUCCAGAAUGAAGCCUUACUUCCAAAUGAGACAUCUGGUCUGGAGAACAGGACCGUCAUCGUCACCACCAUCAUGGAGGGCCCAUACGUGAUGCUGAAGAAGAACUGGGAGAUGUUUGAGGGCAAUGACCAGUAUGAAGGAUACUGUGUGGACCUCGCCUCUGAGAUUGCCAAGCACAUCGGUAUCAAGUACAAGAUCGCAAUUGUGCCGGACGGGAAAUACGGGGCUCGGGACCCUGAGACAAAGAUCUGGAAUGGCAUGGUCGGGGAACUGGUGUAUGGGAAAGCAGAGAUUGCUGUGGCCCCCUUGACCAUCACCCUGGUGAGGGAGGAGGUCAUCGACUUCUCCAAACCCUUCAUGAGUCUGGGCAUCUCCAUCAUGAUCAAGAAGCCACAGAAGUCCAAGCCGGGUGUGUUCUCCUUCCUGGACCCACUAGCCUAUGAGAUCUGGAUGUGCAUCGUCUUCGCCUACAUCGGUGUCAGCGUGGUGCUGUUCCUGGUUAGCCGCUUCAGCCCCUAUGAGUGGCACACGGAGGAGCCUGAGGAUGGUGCAGAUGGACUACCCAGUGACCAGCCGCCAAAUGAGUUUGGCAUCUUCAACAGCCUCUGGUUCUCCCUGGGGGCCUUCAUGCAACAGGGCUGUGACAUUUCGCCCAGGUCCCUCUCUGGCCGCAUCGUGGGUGGGGUCUGGUGGUUCUUCACCCUCAUCAUCAUCUCUUCCUACACCGCCAACCUAGCUGCCUUCCUCACAGUCGAGAGGAUGGUGUCCCCCAUAGAAAGUGCGGAGGAUCUGGCCAAGCAGACAGACAUUGCUUACGGGACGCUGGACUCAGGGUCCACAAAAGAAUUCUUCAGGAGAUCAAAGAUUGCUGUAUAUGAGAAGAUGUGGAGCUACAUGAAGUCCGCGGAGCCCACGGUGUUUACCAAGACGACAGCGGAGGGCGUGGCCCGUGUGCGCAAGUCCAAAGGGAAGUACGCCUUCCUGCUGGAGUCCACCAUGAACGAGUAUACAGAGCAGCGCAAGCCCUGCGACACCAUGAAGGUCGGGGGCAACCUGGACUCCAAGGGCUACGGCGUGGCCACGCCCAAGGGCUCACAGUUAAGAAGUGCUGUUAACCUCGCAGUAUUAAAACUGAACGAACAAGGACUGUUGGACAAAUUGAAAAACAAAUGGUGGUACGACAAGGGCGAGUGUGGCAGCGGCGGAGGCGGUGAGAAGGACAAGAGCUCCCAGGCCCUGAGCCUGAGCAACGUGGCUGGAGUGUUCUACAUUCUGGUCGGGGGCCUGGGGCUGGCCAUGCUGGUAGCCCUCAUCGAGUUCUGCUACAAGUCCCGCAACGAGGCCAAGCGCAUGAAGCUCACUUUCACGGAGGCCAUGCGUAACAAGGCCCGACUGUCCAUCACGGGGAGUGUGGGAGAGAAUGGCCGCGUCCUGACCCCUGAUUGCCCCAAGGCCGUGCACUCGGGUCAGAGUUCCGGUUUUGCCCUAAUGUCCCCGGACCUACCGUGAAGACCAAACAUACCCUUGUGCCUUACUGUAGUGCUACGACGAGCGACCAAGCUGAGCAAAUAAAAUGACCAACUGAAAAGUAAAUAAUUACACGGACAAUUAAGAGGGAAUCAAGGUAAACUAGGCAAGUGAAGGCGGGACAUUGGGAAGAGCACCUGCACCACCGCAAAGGUAGAACCCAACAAGUGACCUCCACUUUCUUUGCGUCGCCACCGGGAUGGGCGGCACAUUGCGGGCGACAUCGUUGGUGGACGCUCGCUGGUGCCCGCCAGAUGGCCUGUAGCAGGACAGCAUCGCCCACUGGCGAUGGAAGAAGAAGGACAGAAUAAAACACAAGACCAGAAAACUGUAAACGUGAAACACAAAACUGUGCUAUUUAGCAUCCUUUGGCCAUGAAGACGUGAGCUACACCACAGUAGCCUACAGCUAGAAGGGAAGCUCAUGACAAACAGGGGAAAUCCCCCAAGUCAUGGGGUCAGUAGAAUAAUCCAUAACAGAACAAUAAUAAUAGAAGUGUUCAUGAUAAAAGUAACAGAAAUAAGGAAUAAAAUUAUACUGUGAACAUAUAUAAAUAUGUACAGUUUAUGGAAAAGAAAUUAUUUACUGUGUCCUUUGCAAAGAGAUAGAGACUGCACACCAUGCCUGCUUUUUAACUGAUGUAUAUAUAAUUCUGACCACGUAGUGAACAGAGUAUAUUUCUCUUUUGUAACCAUCUUCGGAAAACAAUUUGUUGCAAUAAUGGAUCAGAGACAGCUGCACUCUCCGUGUGACUGAACUCUUUUUAUAAAUGUAGAUACAAAGCCACCCCCCGCUCGCCACGGCCCCGGGCCGCCACGCGUCCACGCGUCCACGCCCGAAUCACUGAAACCGCGCACGCUCCCGUUUCCCCUGGCUCUGCUACACGGCUCCAUCACUGCCGCUCGCUUAUACCCCCACAAGAUCUAAGAGUAACAACAGUCUACUGCUUUUUCAUGUACCUUUAAGUUGAUAUUAUGGUUAUAUUUUUAAAACAUUAUGAACUGAGGGACAAAAAAAGCCUAUUUUUUCAUCAAAUGGACAGAAUUAAGAGCUACAUACUUAAUGCCAAUCAAAGGUAGAGGUUGGUGUCACUGGUGUCGGGGGGGCUGGGCCUAGCACAGUGCUUUGAUAUUGACUCUUAACCUGUGAACACUGUGUACCUCGUUCCUGCCUCUUCAUUGUGUCAGAAUGCUGGUCUGUUGCCAUGGUUACACUGCCUUCACAAACAGGGUUAUUCUAAUGAAGUUUCCGGUAGGAUUCUCCAGGGUCUCUGCAGGCUAAGGUGUCAGACAGAUAUCUCAGCACCAGAAUCUCCUGGGACCCAUUUCCUCUACCUUUGACCUGUUGUCAGUGAACCUCUCCUUAUCUCACAGAUUAAAAACAUGCUUAAAAAUGAGAUUUUUGGGUAAGAAGUCUGGGGUGAUUUCUCCAUUCUAUAGAAAAUUCAACAUGAUUGACUCCCUGUUUUGGCUUUAGCUGUUCAUGAUUGUUUUUAAAAUAAACAAUACAAAUGACUA